UUUCACCUAAAGCUGGAGGAUCUUGGACAGAUGUUGGAGUAGACAUGGCUCAAGCGAGCGAUAAAACCGCUUUCCCUGACAUUAUCGAGCUCAAUGUCGGCGGUCAGAUUUAUGUUACGCGACAUUCAACUUUACUCUCAGUGCCGAACUCUUUUCUCUGGAACAUGUUUAAAGAGGACAGUCCGUCUGAACUGACCAGAGACAGUAAAGGACGCUUCUUUAUAGACCGGGACGGCUUUCUUUUCCGGUACAUAUUGGAUUAUAUGCGCGAUAAGAACCUGGCGCUGCCGGACUAUUUUAAGGAGCGCGCAAGCCUGCAGAAAGAGGCUGAAUACUUCCAGCUGCCUGAACUGGCCCGGAGUCUGAGACUAGCUCAGGUCAGCAAGGAGAACUCCAUCAAUGAUGAAGCUUUCCACAGCGAUCCAGACGAAGCAGCGGUUUCGUGCGCCAUGGCGAGUGCAGGGAGCAGCACUGGACCCCGGUCACCCUCUCUGGAUGCGCGCAAGUCCGGCUACAUAACCGUCGGUUACCGCGGCUCCUACACCAUCGGACGUGACAUCCAAAACGAUGCCAAGUUCCGGCGGGUGGCCCGGAUUACCGUCUGCGGUAAAACCUCCCUUGCCAAAGAGGUCUUCGGAGACACGCUUAACGAGAGCAGGGACCCUGACCGACCCCCGGAGAGGUACACGUCCCGUUAUUAUCUCAAGUACAACUUUCUGGAGCAGGCGUUCGACCGGUUGGCUGAGAUGGGAUUCCACAUGGUAGCGUGCAGCUCCACAGGAACUUGCGCCUACACCAGCAACGACCCCAAUGAGGACAAAAUCUGGACCAGUUACACCGAGUAUGUGUUCUGCAGGGAGUGAAGUCACAAGCUUUUAAAGAUUAUAAAAAAAGAAUGAUAAUGUCAUCCCUUAGGAAAAUUCUCUAUAGUUUGGUUUUACUAUGAUGCACCAGUGUAAACAGUUUGUAGGAAAAAAGAUGCCUACAUAUAUUCACAUUCACACUUUGUAAAGUUUAAUACAUUAAGAUUAAAU